CGAUGCAGAAGAAACAGCGCGGGUCGAGUAGCCGCUGUGCUUUUGGGAAAUUGAGUAUUCGCUGUAAUCAAACUCGUGUUGAUCGUGAAUUUUACCAUAACUCUUUAUAUAACCAAGAGUUUUGAAUUCUAGUUGGGUCUUUAAGAUGUUUAAUCAAUAGCACUGGUGUAAUAAGUCAUCCAGUAGCUUGCCAAGCCCAAAAGUGAUUUGUUUUGCUGUUAGCUAAUAGUCGUGUUUAAUGAGCGUUUGAGUCAUGCUGCUAGAUGUGCUACAGGGAGCAGAGGCUGGAGGAUUCAUACUCAUUCAAGAUACUGUCAAAUGCACAGGUCGGGGCAUCCUCAAGUGUUUUAUUAAUGCAGCAUUGAAGAGGGGCGAGGACGUACAUGUGCUGGGAUUCGAGGCGAGUGAAACAGAAGUGUGUGCUGGCUUGGACAGAAGCUGUGUGCAGAAGCUUCAUUUUCAUAAGGGUUUCCCUGAUCCCCUCGGCUGGAUGUGCAGAUCGUCUUUCACCGUCGAUCAGCUCACUUCUCAACACAUAACUAAGCUCAUCAAAGACUCGCAGCAUGCCAAAGCACCAGUACUUGUUAUUGACUCCCUCUCAUUGGUUUUAAGACAUCAUGACCCUGUUGUCAUCUCUCGAAGACUUCAAGAGCUCAGAAAGGGAGGAGAUAUUAAAACUAUUAUCAGUCUCCUGCAUUCAGAUUUGCACCUACAAGGUGUUGUAGGGAUUGUAAGCCACUUAGCCAGUACUGUUAUCUCUGUGGCACCUGCAAACAAUGAGCAUUAUGCUGUGGCUACGACUACACGACGCACAAAGUCAGGCAAAGUUAUGCAAGAGGAAGAGUAUUUCAAUGUGUCCGAGGACGUGACCCUUUCUGUACAGGCCAAACUCCGUCAACCUGGGCAUGUACAGAAAGAGCAAAAAGUAGCAGAGGCUGAUCCAGCAUCAAACUUGACCUUCAAUCUACGCCUGUCUGAGGAGGAGAGAAAAGCCAAGGAGAAAGUGGCACUGCCAUUUGUUUUUAGCCAAGAGAAAAAAUCAGCUCUUCUGAGGCCGACUCCUGGCUCGGGACGGAUCAUGUACGAGCCUGAUGCCAACGAUGACUUUGAUGAGGAGGAUCCAGAUGAUGAUCUUGAUGUGUGAAUGAAGACACAUCAUAUCCUAAAUCUGGGAAUGUCAACUCCAUCUUUAUAAAUUAUUUAUUUAUGAUUCUUUAUUUUAUUAUGAAUCAAAUAGUCAGUCUAUUCUCAGCUAUUACAAGGCCAGGUUUGAGGAUUUUAUUUUGACAUAAAUUGAUGAACUUCUUAGUAAUGUUAUGCAGUUUUUGUAUUUGUGGAUAAAAAGCACUUAUUUUCAAGCACUGAUUUGAAAAUAUUUAAGCAUAAUUGCCCAAUUAUGAUUAUUCUUGACACAUUACUAAGCUCAUUUUGUACAGUUUAUAUCAUUCUGGGAUUUUUAUGUGUUGUAGACAUGCAGCUUUUCACUUGUUGGCGGAGAUCUUGAACAAAGCUCAUGGGACAAUACCCAAACUUUGUGCCAUGUGAGGUCAGACAUGCUCCAAACAAAAUAAAGUACAAUAAAUGAUCAAUAAAAUUGUAUUGAAAGUCUAACAUGCAUACAAA